UUCAGCCAAUCACAGCACACAUUGGCAUGUUUCCGGAAGCACACACGUGUUUGGUCCUUCACUUCAACGAUGCAGAGACAGUAACGUUGUAACAAAACAAAACAGAUUUUGUGACACUUUAAUACAAUCUCUGCCUUGGGGAGUUAUUUCGGGAUGGUCUGGACAAGCAGAGUUUGUUUCCGGAAGUAUGGCAACUUUGUGGAUAAUAUACGGCUUUAUGUGAGGGGUGGGAGUGGAGGAAUGGGUUUGCCCCGUUUAGGGGGACUUGGGGGAAAUGGUGGAGACAUUUGGGUGGUGGCCAAAAAAGACAUUACACUGAAGCAAAUCAAGGACAAGCACCCUAACAAACGAUUCACUGCAGGUGUUGGUUCAAACAGCAGUAUUCAUGCUCUGAGAGGGGCUAAAGGAGAGGACAGUCAGGUCUUUGCACCUGUUGGGAUCAGUGUUACAACAGACGAUGGGAGAAUCUUGGGAGAGUUAAACUGUGAAGGAGACAAUCUUUUGGUGGCCAAAGGGGGUCAUGGUGGCUCUCUUCACUCUGGGUUCUUACCCAGUAAAGGUCAAACCAGACAGAUACGGCUGGACCUUAAACUCAUUGCAGAUCUGGGACUUGUAGGGUUUCCCAAUGCAGGCAAAUCCUCCUUGCUGACUGCCUUGUCGCAUGCUAAACCAAGAAUUGCCAGCUACCCCUUUACAACUUUAAGACCUGAAAUUGGAAAGGUUAUGUAUGAUGAUCACAAGCAGGUUUCAGUAGCAGACUUACCAGGACUCAUUGAAGGUGCUCACAUAAAUAAAGGCAUGGGACACAAGUUUCUCAAGCAUGUGGAGAGAACCAAGCAGCUCAUGUUUGUGGUCGACAUCUGUGGGUUUCAGCUAGCUAGUAACACCCCGUUUAGGUCUGCAUUUGAAACCGUGCUGCUUUUAAACAAGGAGCUGGAGUUGUAUAAUGAGGAACUGUUAGGGAAGCCAGCGAUCCUGGUCAUAAAUAAGAUGGACCUCCCCGAGGCUCAGGGCCGUCUCCGAGACCUGGAAACUCACUUAGAGAACCAGGAAGAAUCAAGCCAUCUCUUUCCUGAGGAUGUCAUCCCUAAAAGCCUAAUGCGUUUCACGCACGUCGUCCCAGUCUCUGCCACAACUGGCCUUGGUCUGCCCUUGCUCAAGUCUCUCAUCCGCCAAUCACUUGAGGAACAGAACAUCAUAGAAACUGAUGGUCAGCGCAGUGAGAGGCUACUUAAGUUGAGAAGGGAGAUUCCCACUUCCUCCAUACCUAGCUGGGGGAUUUCUCAGCCGACCUGAGAUCCCACAUAUAGGUUUGUGUAUGGCAACCCAUAAAUGAUCCUCAGGGAUACUGUUGAACAUUUGCGGACAUGUGAAAUAUGUAAUUAUAUGCAGUUAAAGAGCAUUCAACAGAACACAAACAGCACAUUUCACUUAAAUCAGUCUGUGUUGUAUAGACUAGUAUCUGUGCCUGAUAUGUACCAAAAUGCUGACCUUUGUGUCUGGGUAAGCUUUAAUGUAAUGCAUUGCUUGAAGUUGGUUUUAGCUGCUCUCCCAGUCUGAUCAUGCUGGUCUGGUUUGCUGGUUUUAAAGGUGUUUUGUUAACUUGUCAGCUGGUCUACUAGAUAUUCCAUCUGAACAGGCUGGGAGCCAAGAUUAAAAACUGGUCAAUACAAAAAAUUAUAUAUAU